CCUUACACAAGCCCAUGCUUCAGGCUCUUUCUUUCUCCUACGCACUCCACCUGGCAAAUGCAGAAAAGAAGAUUGGAAAUGUUGGAUGGUUUGGCACCUUUUGAUUUUAAGACAAAUCCCUCAUGGAUAAAUCCAAAUUAUUUAGUUCUUCUGAUUUCAUUGGAGAUAACCUACUUUGUUUGUGGGCUGCUGUUUGUCCUGAUUGUGGAAGAAUGGGUUUGGGACUAUGCUAUUACUGUUACUGCUAUUCAUAUUAUCAUAACUUCAGCUGUUAUGUCUGAAUUCCCUCUGAUGCCGCACUGGUGGACAGCUUUAGGAGCUGCCUUAAUUUUGAUGAUUUGUGGAGGACAGAUUUUGGCAUACUGCUUAUUCAAAAACAACUUAAUUUACCCAGUACUUGAUGAUUUUUGAAAAGCAAAAAAUAGACCUUUGUAUCUGAGUCUGUAUUAUUUCUAUGAUGUAAUUUACAUUAAUAA